GACUGUCGAUGUCAAUGUCACAACAAACAUUGCACGAGUUACGUUUUUAGCAAUUAUUUGCUAUGUUUCGUCGUUUUUAAAAUAAUAAAGGCGCUCUAAAUUCGUAGACUACAUCAUACUAAUCAUACAAUCAUGUUGAGAAGUUUCAUUCGCAUUAAUAGAGCUGGUAGUCAAUGCUCAAGAUUAUGCGCAGCGACUACGCUAAGCCUAAAUAGCAUCAAGCACUUUAGCGGAAUAUCCCAAGGGAUCCAGAGAAAUGUCAACAAAAAGGUUCCUUUACUCAACAAAUGUGUCUGUCGGACCAUGUUCAUUCAGACACAGGAUACUCCCAAUCCAAAUAGCUUGAAGUUCUUACCUGGCGUUAAAGUGUUGGAAUCUGGACAAACUAUGGAUUUUCCUAACAUCGGUGAAGCUCAAUGUAGUCCUUUAGCAAAAAUGAUUUUCCGCAUCGACGGAGUGAAAUCAGUGUUUUUCGGUCCUGAAUUCAUAACUGUAACAAAGCAAGAUGAUGAUGUCGACUGGAGGGUUAUGAAACCAGAUAUUUUUGCAACUAUUAUGGACUUCUUUGCCAGCGGUUUACCUGUAAUAAUCGAUGCUAAACCUUCAGGAGAUACACAAAUAAAUGAAGAUGAUGAUGAGACAGUACAAAUGAUAAAGGAACUCUUAGAUACCCGUAUCAGGCCUACAGUUCAGGAAGAUGGUGGUGAUGUCCUAUUUGUGGACUUUAAAGAUGGUAUACUAAGGCUCAAAAUGCAAGGUUCCUGUUCUUCAUGUCCCAGCUCGAUUGUUACUCUGAAAAAUGGAGUACAAAACAUGAUGCAGUUCUACAUCCCAGAAGUCGUAGCUGUUGAACAAAUUGAUGAUGAAGGCCAAAAAUUAAGCGAAAAAGUGUUCAAAGAAUUUGAACAAUUGAAAACCAAAGAAAAGGCAGACCCUUGAAUGAAUCUACACGUUAAUACAUAUUUAUAAGUAGAAAUAUAAUAUUAUGUAUAUACAGUCUUAUGUUGAAUAUAGAAAAAUAAAUUGUA